CAUCACUACGCCAUAGUUUAUUAUGGUGCACAGAGUACGCAAUCAAUGCCUGCAAUUUGCAAUAUUCGCAUACGAUGAUGAUUGGAGCAGCAACAACAACAAUAACAACACACACACGUACAGUCGCAGCUGAAAAACGAUAACCGUGUAAUCCACCCAGUGACGACGGAAAUGUCGACGGCAACAACAUCGCCAUUCACAUCACCAACAACAUCACCACAACAGCAACAAACAACAUCAGCAGCAGCAACAACAACAAGUGGGCCACCAAGCUGGAGCUGCGACACACACAGACGUGCUCGGGAGGCGAAGCAACAGCAACUGCAGCUAACGACGUUGCUGGCGGAGCUGCGUCGGGCGACGCAUCAUUGGUUCCAGACCAAGAGUGAUGAGUGCUUCCAUCUCGUGGUGCAGACGUGUGUGCGCAUCCUGCAGCACGGUCUCCUGCUGCCAUCUGCCACCAACGGUGGCACCCAGCGCUUGGUCGAGGACUUUGAGUUUCUGCGUGCCACACAGCUGCAGCUGCCACAUGGCAGCAGCUCGCGGCACGCCCCCACGCAGCACGUCAGCGAGUUUCUACAGCAAUGGGUGACAAGUUGCCUGCAACAACACUGCCUCACACGUUGUCUGCAAACGCUGGUCGCCGACCGGGAGCUGCUCGAUACGUACUAUCAGCCGGAUGUGGCGCUGUUGCGCCACAGCACACAUGCCACAGCGUUGUUUGUGUGCCUCACAGCCGUGCAGCUGGAUCAGAGCAGUUUGCUGAGCCAGUUGGAGCCGCUGCAGCGUCGCCAGCGUCAUCGACGCACGAGUUCGCAACCGAAUUUCAGCAAUGUAACACAACGUUUGCAGGUGGUGCAGGAGGAGGAGCUGCUGCCCCAGCACGCACAGAAACAGCCGCAGCAGCAGCAGCAACAACAACAGCAACUGUUACUCUUGCGUCGCAUCAAGAGUUUGCCCAGUCUGCAGCAGAGCAGCGACCACAGUCCAGACAGCUUGCGUCCACGUUGUCAGACCUACAACAGUCGGCGAGCGCGUUGGACGGAAGCGGAGCGUGAACUCGAGCUGCCGCUGAGCGGCUGCAGCUUGAGCACAGCGAGCAGUGGCCAGUUGACGCCGCGACGCGUCAUUCAGUUGAUCAACUGUGACGACAUCAAGAUCUGGACGGAUCAAACGAACAAUAGCAGCAGCGGCAGCGGCAACAGCAGCGAUUGCAACACGAUGACGCCAACAGCAACAGGAACAGCUGCUGCCGCAGUCAGCAAGCGAGGCAGUCCCUCAUUGAAUGGCUGGCUGGGCAAGCUGUUUGGCUCGCCGCCGGUUUACACCAGCUGGUAUCAGCGUGGUCUUGGCCACGACGAUGAGGCGAGCAGUGUGCUUGAUACUUUUCGUCCGGUGAAUGGACGCAAGCUCGACAAGCGGCAGCAGCAAUCGCUUUUCGAGGGCAUCAGCAUGCUCGACUAUGCCCAGGCGGAAACGGAACAGGAAACGAUGACGGCACCGCUUGACAUUGUGGGAUAUCAUCAGGUGUCGGGUGCCAGUUGCAGCAGCUCGACGCCGUGCAGCACCCUGAGCACUAGCGAGAACAACAGCUACAACAGCAAGAGGGACAAUCAAAGUUUGGCCGCCUUUCUGCAGAUGUCACGCUAUGCGCACAACAACACCGAACUGGAGAAGGAGAACGCACACUUUCGCAUCUCGGAGGCCUGCAUCACGGCCAUCGAGCAUGUGAAAUGGAGUCGUCGUCGUCGCCGGCAACGUCAUAACAGCAGCAGCAGCAACAAUAGCAGCGGCAGCACCAACAACCAAGGACAAGGCGAUACUUUUAUCGAUGCCGAAACCAUCGGUGUGCCAUUUGUGGAGCAACAGCAUUCGCUGGGCGCGGGCAACAACAACAGCGCCGAGGCAGUUGGUUUGCAGUUGAUAUCACGCUUCAAGGAUCAACAGCUGCCCAAGCUGGGUGAUCUCAAGUGGCUGGUGUCCGAACAGGAUGCACCACAGCAGCUGUUGCCGCUGCCCAAGCCAUUGCCACAGCAGCAACAGCAACUGCAAGAGGAGUCCGCGUGUUUAACGCGAGGCACACGCACUUGGGCGCCGCCGCGUCAACAGAUCAUCUUCACGGAGCAUCCAGCUCUGACUCGGACAGAGCUCUUAAAGCGCCAACAGUAUCGCUGUGCCGGAUGUGGCAUGCAUGUGGCACGUCAGUAUCAGCAGCACUUUCGCUAUUGCAACUAUUUAGGCAAAUAUCUGUGCACUGGUUGCCAUCGCAAUCAAAUGUCGGCGAUACCCGCCAAGAUCCUGCAUUCGUGGGACUUUCGCUGCUAUGCCGUCAGCUCGUUUGCCUAUCGUCUCAUCGAGCAGAUGUACACGUUUCCCCUCUUCCAUGUGCCCGACCUGCAGCCGGAGCUGUAUGGCAAGCAAAAGGCGUUGGCUCGCGCUCGCAAGCGGCGUCUGCAGUUGAAAUAUGCGCAGGAUUUCAUCAGCGCGUGUCGCUUUGCCACCAGGGAGCAAGCGCUCUUUAGUGCGGUGCCGACGCACAUUACCAAUGAGCCGGACAUGUGGUCCAUGUGUGAUUUUGUCGAUGCGCAAAACAACAGCAUGCGUCGCUCCAUCGAGGAGCUCAUUGCACUCAGCGAGCAACACAUCAACAACUGUGUGCUCUGCACCGGUCGUGCCUUUGUCUGCGAAUAUUGCAAGAGUCCCAAGCUCAUUUAUCGCUGGCAGCGAAAAGUCCAGUGUUGUGCUCAGUGCGGCGUCUGUUCCCAUUAUAAAUGCUGGAAGGCUGCCAGCAGUAGCAGUUAUCACCGUUGUCAGCGCUGCGAUCGAUUGCAUCAGCGUUCAACAGCCAGUUAGCUAAAAGAACAAUAACAAAAUAACAAGCGAUAAAUAACGAUCCAUUUCCAUAUAUUGUAUUGUAUAUAACCUGUAUAUUACCAAAAUUGUUAGCAAAUUGUACCUCAAGCGAAUGAUGGAUGAUCAAUGUUGAUUUUAUAAAUUAUACACAUAUUUAUUUUAUUA